GUCAUGUGAUCGCUGUAUAGUUGCUGUAUGGCGCGUAAUCGCUGAUAAAAGACCUUUUAUAUUGUUUUCUUUUUGUAACGCUUCUAAUCGCUGUCAGUGAGGAGAUGUCGCGUCCCAUCAGACACAAGAUGCACGACGGUUUGGGGAACAGAAAUGAAGACGGGCUCCCACCACGUGGCUUUCGUAGCAGAAAACGAGGUGUUGAUGGGAACUUCCUAUCCAGAAAUAAAGAAGAUGGUCAGAAAGAUGACGUUCAUACAGACAACAGCUCCACGCACUCAUACCUCACUCAUGGCAGGGAGAUGGAUUGGGGAAGCCAAGUUGAAUACGAUGAGAGGAGGAGGGAGCUUCUGAGAGACAUGCCACGUUGCAGGAGAAGGACCACUGGAACUGUAACUCAAGAAAGGAGCCCCUCCCACGAGUCCUGUGGCAGCUCUGACUCCAAAGAUGAUGAUAACAUUGAGACUGAUGAGGCCGUGUUGCUACGAAGACAGAAGCAGAUCAGCUAUGGAAAGAAUACGCUGGCAUACGACAGAUAUGUUAAAGAGGUUCCCAAGCACAUGCGUCAGCCUGGAGUUCAUCCCAAAACACCAAACCGGUUCAGAAAGUACAGUCGUCGCUCUUGGGAUCAGCAGAUCAAGCUGUGGAGGGUACAACUCCAUGCAUGGGACCCACCAACUGAUGAAGGGGAAGGCAGCAAAUCUAGAAAUCAGGUGGAGCUUAAUCUGGAUGAUGUCAUGGAAAUUGAUUUUGAGCCUGCCCUGCCAGACAAAGACUCCCCUUGCUAGGACUGUUUCCACAAAUGUAUCUGGAUGAAGACUUUUUGGAAACCCGAGUGAAAGUGCAGAAGACAGAAAACACAGCUGAGCUGGAUCUGUUCUAAAUGGUGGCUUUUCAAGUUUUGGUGGAUUUUUUUUUUUUUUUUCUAUGACAGUGCCCGCACAGGGAAACUUCUUGGAGUUGUGUUUUAUGUGUUGUUUGUCACGUUCUUCUGAUCUUGAUUGAUCCGUUUCAAAGGUGAGCUCUCUCUUCCUACAUUUUAUCUGGGUUUACAGUCAGGAGAAAACAAGCUGCCUUUGCAAUAUGUGACAAAUUGUUUGCUCUGUAGUUCCAUUUAAUCCACUGGUGUGUAAAUGUUUUGGAUUUCUUUUUGUUUUAAAUUUAGUUAAUAAAUGUCAAAUGAUAUUGGGUUUUUUCCUUUAUUUGCUGAAGCUUUGGAACUCGGGAUCUACCUCAACCAUCUGGAACUCCUUACAACUACGUCAACAGGAAUCCUUGACGCGGAAGGUGCCAUUAGAGCAACUACUUCCAGAAUGAUUCACAUAUUAAAUCAUAUGUGGUAAAGGUAGCACUAUGUCUAGCUGACUCGUGUAUGAAGAUUGCGAAAGAUCUGAAAAAAGUUGAUGGCAAUGUGACCAAAACCUCAUGACAAAGUUCCUAAAUGUUAAGUGUUGAGAGUAAGAACAUUGUGGCGUUAAUUCAAACGUAUAAGGGGAGGUAACGGAGUGCCAAGUGGAUUUGUUGGGAGGAGGAUGACCAUUAUUGUGACAUUCCAGAGGUCACUAAGGUUGCCCAUUUAUCCAAGUGGAGAAAUUCUAUUGACACUAUUUCAAACUUUUUAACUGGACAAUAGCAGCUAUUAAAAUGAAAAUCAACCAGAUCUGCCACCCAUCUGCAUUCUGUUUCAUUGAGCUUGGUUCGAGACAGAAGAUAAGUAGGAGGAUUAUUAUCAGUGAAUACAGUGAAAGUGGACCAAUAGUGUAAGGGAUAAUUUCCUUCGUCAGUAGUCUGUUCGUGAACCAUAGGCUAUCACUCAGAGUUAAUCAUUCUGCACUGAGGCCUGAGCCAGCAACCUGAAUUUUCAGGUGUUAGAAGGGCUACACAGGUGGAAUCAGGACUGACCUGUUGCUGCCCUGGCUUAUGCACCAUUUGCUUUUUCGCAGCCACUUUGGUGAGCUGUUGCUGUUUUGUCUUGUUUUUGCUUGGAAAUGCCAGACUCAACGUAUACAGUGAUCACCCUUGCGUCUGUUGCAAUUCCAUCCUUCCGUCCUGCUCACUACUAUUACAGUGGUGGACUCACUAUCCAUUGUUGGGC